UAUAAGCUGCAACGACUGAUCGGCUAGAUAUUUACAGAACGAUCGUUUCUAAAGGAGUGCUGUGUCAUUUUUUGUUUUUGUUCGUUCCAACGUCGCGCGUGGCGCAUCAUCGUUGGACCUGAUCAUCGUCAUCGCUGUUUCAUCGCUGGAUCGUUGGAACAUCGAUAUCGGAAUUCGAUCGGCUGACCGAUCCUCAUCGACGACGUUUCUGCACGUGGCUCGACCUGCUUGCCGCCCGUCAACCUCGAUCAACCUCGGUCGUCGUCUUGGACGCGUUGUCGCGGUGGUGGUGGUGGUGGUGGUGGUGGUGCAUGGACCUUUUCUCGACGGAUUUGCUACGCAUUUUAUCGCGCCCCUGGGCGCCUCCUUCUCUGUCUAUCCCCGUCUCGCUCCGUCCUCUUCUUUCGUUUCGCUCGUUCUCGCGCCUUCUCCUCGUCUCUCCUUCUCUCGGUUUCUCUCUUGCUGGAUUCCCGUGUGCCGUCUCCCUCUACCCCACGCUUACCUACCCCUCCACCUGUCUGCCGCGCCGCUGCACACCCUCUCUUCCCUCCGCCAACCCUACUCGCACGAUCACGUACACCCGUACAAUUUUCCCUAUCCCCACCUACCGCGCGCCUUCUCUACCUUCCGCACGCGUUUUCUUUAUUUAUUCCGCGAUUCCACGGAGCAACGCAACGCUUCGCACACGAUGAAACGCGCGGCUCUUCCGUCCUCGCCUUUUUGAAAUCGUCGUCUCGCGUGCCAAUUCGCGAACGGGACUCGCCGCGGUAUUUCCAACUGGUCUCGCUCCCUGACCAUUGGUUACAUUUGUUGCCGAUUUCGUCGGCCACGCUCGACGAGACCGUCUCGUAAAAUCGACGCGAAUAACUACCGCUCUGCCGCUUCUCUCGCUCCCCCCACCUUUCCGCGUCGUCGACGUUCCUCACCGUUUUCUUCUCUUUCUUCGCCUCGUUCGCCUCCUACUCCUCUUCCUCCCCCUUCUCCCCUCUGCCUCCUCUACCUGCUGAUCUUUCGUCGCGUACGGUGUCUCGUUUUGUCGGACUAACGUUACUCGCAACGUCAUAUCGGUUCGCUCGUGUCCGUCCUUGGAUCGCAUAUGCACGUCGUAAACGCAACCGCGUGAAACGACGAUGCGAUCGCGUUUACCGGUCGACUGGUGAAAAAUCGAUCCGGUAUUCCCGCGCUUGGUCUGCCGCUGCCACCGUCUCUCGAACAACGCGGACGAUCGCGUCCGGAUCGACCACGGAAUCGGCUGCGUCGCGACCCUCGUUCCACGUCGACAUCGUCACCGUCCCGGGCCUCAUCCUUAUAACACCGGCAAUCACCUGUCACCAUCUGCACCAUCGCCGAUCACGUGGCUUGCUCGACGGCGACGUUGUACGACAAUGUUCACGCCGCGCCGCUAUGCGGCUCCGGCGUGGGCCACCCUGGCUCCGUCACGCCGAUGGGGUCAGCCACCGGAGCGGGGAAUUCCACCGGGGUAACCUGGUGGGCCAUGAUGAACGGUUCCCUCUACGAGGACAGCCCGCCACCGGUCCCGCCAACUGCUUCCAGCCUCGUGUCGAUUCAACAACAAGCAACAUCGACACCAGCUUCCCAUCAGCAAGCCACUACACCGACCUCACCAGCUGCACCGGCAUCCUCUGCUACGAGCGCGCCUUCGGCGCCCACAGCCAGCGCCAGCUCGACCUCGCCGAGCGCCUCCUCGGUGGCGAGCAACAGCGCGCCAGGCCCGCUCCAUAUACCCGCCAAGAGAUUGACGGCGACACCAGCCGCUUCCUCUUACGGCGAAGUCGGCUGCGUCGAGUCCACCGCCGCGCCCGCCGCUGGACCAGCGGGUGUCAUUCGUCAUUCCCAUUCGUCCUCGGCUGGCUCCCAAGGAGGUUGGAGUUACAGUCCCCAUCAUCCCCAGGACUCUCAUUACUCGUCUGCCGCGGCCGCGGCUGACUCCCUCAAUCAUCACCAAACCUACGGGGGUAACAAUCCCCCGACCUAUUACAAUCUGGCGGCCGACCCUACCUCCACUUCCGGAUCCUCCAGGGACAACCGGAAAGCCAGCACGCUCAGCUUUUGGUCGCCAGCCGCGGCGACAGCGGGUUCCGCCGCCACCGCCGGCUCCACUUCCGAUUACAAGUCUUAUAACUCGGCCGGUGUCGCCACCACCAGCUCCUCGACCGGGGCUGGCUCUUCCUCCGUGGCAACUGGUGCCACAGAUCCGGCCGUUUCUUCCUGUCAUCAGAGCUUCUCUCAGAGCUGGUGCAAUUACGCGCCGUACACCACGGCUAGGCAUCACCAUCCGGUCGACACGGCUGGCCAUCAUCAUCCACACUCGCAAGCCGGCGUCCCGUAUUUGGCGCCGUCCGCGGCGGACGACCGAGGAAGGGUCACUGCCGCGAUGGUAGCCGCCGAAGGCGCUUUCCCGCAUGACGGAUACGGUGGCCUUAGGAAUUACGGGGCGCCCGAACCUGUUACCUCCAGUCCGUACCCACCUCCAGUGAUGUGGGGUUCCUCCCCAUCUUCGUUGUUUCCCGCAGGUUCCCUGGCGGGAGUCGGCGUCGGUGUCGGCGUACCCGGGAUGGGCGUUGGUUGCGGAAGCUCGAACCCUCUGGAAUGGACCGGUCAAGUGACGGUGAGAAAGAAACGCAAGCCGUACUCCAAGUUCCAGACGCUGGAGCUUGAAAAGGAGUUCCUGUUCAACGCGUACGUGUCGAAGCAGAAGCGAUGGGAGCUCGCGCGCAACCUAAAUCUGACCGAGCGACAGGUGAAGAUUUGGUUCCAGAACCGACGUAUGAAAAAUAAAAAAAACAGUCAGCGGCAGUCGCAGCAACAGAAUAACAACAACAACAGUAGCGCCAACAACGCGAAUCAUCACGCGGCGACCGGUAGUCACCACCAUCCGAGCGCCGCACAUGCGCCACCCUCGAGUCACCACGUGGUCGCGCAGGCGCACCACGCGAAUGGUUCCGCGAAGCAUCAUCAGUGACCCGUGGCCUUCUCUGGGGUCGUCUUCGGCCAUCAUCAUCAUAGCCAUGGCUCAACGAACGGUUGUGUCGGAAAUGGGACUGGAACCGCGACCGGGACCACGACCGGGACCGGAACCGGGACUGGAAACGGCACUGGUCAUUCCGGCGGCCACGCGAGUCUGGUUACAGGUCACAGCCACACGCUUCACGCGCCCCAACCUCAAACACCUCUGCCGACCCACGCCGCCGGUGCCUCCAACACCGUCACGCCCCCCACCGCUGUCGUUCAUCCUCACAUUCACGCACAUGCUCAUCAUCAUCAGUUGGCGCACGUGGCUCAGCAGUAUCCUGCGCUUCUUCAUCAGACGCCUCAUGGCCUGGCUGCCUGAACGCGAGAUCCUUCAGGUUUUGACGCCCCAGAGAAAUCCUGGAUCGGUCGUGCCAUCGUACACGGCUCGACCUUGCAACGCAACUUCUCAUCACCGUCGUCGUCGUCGUCGUCGUCGUCGUCGUCGUCAUCGCUGGAAAUCGGCAUCCACGACAACGCCGUAUAGAUAGAUAUGUACCCGCACACUUAUCAAACUUCGUUCAGCAGCUAUUUAAAGACUGCCUACCACUUGUAAGGAAAGAUAAUGUUUCGCGAGUAGUAUAUUAUUAUUAUAAUAUUAUUUUAUUAUAAUUAUAAUUAUUAUUAUUAUUAUUGUCGAUCAUCGUCAUCUUUAUCGUCAAUCAUGUUAAUUAGCCAACGGAGGGAUACUGUUGUAUAGAAGAGCGUGACUAUCUACGGCGUCCUUGAAACGUCAACCAUCAGACUCUUUUCCCACGUGUCGGUAUCAGGUGUUGGUUUUUUUCGAAUAGUGCGCAUUACCAUAUGCGGCACCAAGCAAUCUGUCCAAUUCGUAAUUUGAUAGUAUUUGCUCCAGUUAUAUAUAUUAUAUAUAUAGUAAAGCAAAUUAAUGUCACUUAGUGUCUGUCCUUCCUCCAUCUCAUCAACUUUAUCCCUAACUGGAUGAACACCUUCUGUCCUCCUUACUCCCAAGCUCCUCCUCUUUCAACACCGGUCUGUACCACUUGCCCGAAACUCUCGAUCGUACGUUUGCUUUGUCUUGCGCUGUUCAGCUCACGCGAUCCAUCGGGAACGAUUUAAAGAAAACAUCGAUCGGUGACAAUUACGCAAGGACGGUUCAAGAAACGACGACAUUGAAUCCCAUGGUUACGACACUGCGAUUCGCCUAGGAUCACAGCAUCUCUUCCUAAGGGUAAGUCUAUCGAAAGAUGUAUUGAAGCGAAAGAAGAAGCGCGAUCUUUAAAACAAUCGAUCGAUAGCGGUACGUUUAAACGAACGAAUUAUCGGAUAUGGAGAAACUCGCGGUGUUGUUAAGAAAUUGGAAUAUUUCGUUUUGUUAAAUUUUACAUUUAUUUGCUCGAUAGCUGUUGUCUGUGAUCUCGCGGAAAAUACUGAUAUUUGCAGAGACGACCUUGAUCGAACUAUGGUUAUCAUAUCUGUCGAUCGUUGUCGCGUAUCGAUUUAAUUUCUCGGUGUAUUUUGUCGUUUCAUGGGAUCCAGUGCGCUUUUCUUUUUCGACGUUUCAGCCGAACAGUGGGACACGUAGGCCGAUUUCCGAUUCUGUACUAUCCCGAUAAAGAUUAGCGAAUUCGAUUUGCGCAUGUUCGUUCGAUCGCUGACGACUCGCAGCAGGGUGAAACGAUUUAGAUCUAAACUUUAGAUCUUUGUAGAUAACUUCCGUACUUCCUGUCCGUUUCAUCCUGCGCGAGGCCAUCAGCUAGGAAAUCGUUAAUAGAAAUCAGAAAGAUCAAAGUGAGAAAUUAAGACUGGGCCCGUUCGUAGUUCUCGAUGCAGCGACUUGCGAGGACAAAAGUGACGAAAGUGUCACGGCCAUCUCGCAAACGAUUAGAUCGAGGAUGCGUCUGAGGCGGACCUAGUCCAAAGCAACCAUGCGUUCGAAGGAUUAGUUUAAUUAUGUCCAGAGUGUUGUAUUCGCCUACCAAGGAUUGCAAACUAGUACCUAUAAUUCUUAUAUUAUAUGUAAAAAAUUGACUUAGAUUUAAAGGCAUACCUAGUGGACUGUGGAGUGAUCGGGAGUACUAUUCCGAGACUGAGUUUAGGAUAUCCGUUGUGGAACUAGCGGUACGCCAAUCAGUCCUCACGAUUGUAAAGAAAUCGUGAUGUACGAUCGAUGGAAGAUAUCCAUUUUUCCCAAGCAAGGGGAUCGUACCAUCGAACAAUGUUUUCAUCGAGACAAAAGGAAUUUGUUUGUUAGUCAUUUCGAUAUUAUUUAUUUGUUGAAUGCGAAAUUACUGUUUUGUUUGGAAAAAUUUCAGAGUUCUCAUAAAUAUAUAGAUAUAUAAUACAUUUAUGGAAGAAUCAAUUAAUCAAAAGUCCAAAUUUAGACAUUUUCCUCAUCGAGCGUUCGAAAUAAUAUUCGUCCUUGUAUCUACAUAGCUAUCGUAACUCGGCAACGAACUUCAAUUCUCCAAGACCGUGGAUUCAUUGAACGUUCGAAGAGUUCGCGACACUGAAGAAAAUUCAACGCGGAAAAGCCUAGCGCGCCAGGUGCCGGAAUUCCUCUUUUCAGAUUCGAGGACGGAUGUUAUCUCGGCCAGCCGAAUGGAAAGGGAGCGACCGACUCGCGAGACGAGCGAACCGAACGGACCAACCAACGAAGUCCUAAACGCGGUCUUUAACUGUAAGAGCGACGAAGACGAAGGGUUUACCUUUUAAUUGGUACGUCAGCGAGUAAGUAGGUAAUUUAAUCGGAUGUUAAAUGAAAAUAAAUAUCCCAAUGGAUCUCUAUUCUCUAAGGUGCAACAUUAUCUAAAUUGUAAGGGCCGCUGAAUGAGUGUGCAUGCCUACGGUAUAUUACAUACACAUACACGCGUAUUUUCUGAAUGUUUCGUGCGAGUGUGCGAGCGCGCUCACGCGCCUACAUCCCUAUAUACGCUUGUGUGAGUGCGUGUGCGUGUGUGAGUGAGCGAGUAUGCGUGUAUAUGUGUAUGCACGUGCAGCGUAUGACGAAACCGACGAAACGUAAGCGCGCGCUUUACAUCGAAGAGAAAAAUCGAUAAAGAGAAAGUAGGACCGGCGAGGAUCGGAAUUUCUUUAAAAGUGUAGACGCGCGCGCGCGCGUUCUGUACUUGCGAGCGUGUAGAGAGGGAGAGCGUGAGCGCGGCGCGUGAGUGGAAUGUGUGCGAGAGAAGAGAACGACGGGACGCAGAGCGAUUGAGAGAUUGAGAGGAAGAGAAGAUGAGCUGAGUGGUAAAGCGAGAAAGAACGUUAUAAAUAACGAUAAAUAGAAGCGUGUAGCGAGGAGGGAGGAAGCAACGAAGCAGCGAAAAAUAUGUAUUGUAAUAAUUAGAGUAACUUUUAAACGAAAGAAAAAAUGGAGAAACGGAAUGUACUUACACACAAAGACAUACGUCUGCGCACGAAAAUACACGCGACACACACUGUGAGAUUGGACUUGGAUAGAUGAUAUAUAGAUUCCGCCGCGACUACUAUUAAUACAUUAAUUAUGUAACGACGAAUAAAGUAUUGAAUACACGAGUAUAGGUAAGAUGUUAAUAGAGAU